AAAAAUCGUUGGCACUUCAUUUGGUGAGGUUCUCUCGAAGCAUUUGCCUUUACAAUUUCAGAGUCUUCAGCAGUAUGAUUAGAAAAAAGUUAAACAUUUGUUUGUUCCGACUGAAAUCAAAAUAAAUAGCUUCAGGAAGUCAGUUAGCCCAUAAAAAAUAUGUAAACCGCAAGAACUACCUACAUAGCUUGCAACGAAGACUGCGGAAAUAUUAUCGAUUAAGUUAGUUAUAAGAAUAAAAGUUGGUUCGUCUAAUGAAGCGACAUUAAUGUUAAUGGAUUACCAGUUAUGGCGUUUCAUUUAAGCCGAACGCUAGCAAUAAAAGCAGCGUUAGUGGCUGGACUGUUACUUAUCUUCUUCAAUUUGAUUGGUUUGCGAUUAGAAAUUAAAUUCGAUAAGUCGCCUAUCAAUUCAGCACAUACAAGCGUACCUCUCCAAUGGCCAAAACGAACGCACACAAACUUCCAUCAUGCACAUGUAACUUCACCAACAACCAAACAAACUCCAAUUGAAACACUUGAUGGAAAUCAAAAUUUAACAACAGCAACAAAUCUUACAACAGACAACAAUGUUGCCUCAAACAACUUGAAUAAAUCAACAACAAAUGUGGAAAGCGCAAAAGAUAUUCUUUAUAGUGAAAAUGGUGAUAUUAAGUUUAAUAUUCUCAAUAGACAUAUUGAUGAAGCAGUAGAUUUAGUAAAUAAUAAUAACAGUAGAAGUAACAUUAGCAGAGUUGCAACGACGACAACAAAUGUCGCUCUUGAAAUGCACCACAAAGUCAAACAUAAAAAACCGAUAGUUAAAAAGACAAAAUAUCAAGACUUUGAUGCCAGUUUAGUGAAAGAUGAAGGAAUCCUCAACAGUAUAAUGAAAGUUUUCGGUUUAAAUCAAUGUCCAGUAACACCACCCGACUUAGUUGGUCCAAUUGAUGUUGACACGUCACCAGAAUAUAUCGAACAUGUUGAACAAAGAUUAACGGGUAAAAUCUCUCCAGGAGGACGAUACAAACCUUCAGAGUGUCGUGCAAGAGACCGCGUUGCAAUUGUUGUUCCCUAUCGUGAUAGAAAGCAACACCUACCGAUUCUGUUUAAAAAUCUUCAUCCAUUUUUAAUGAAACAGCAAAUCGAUUAUGGGAUAUUUUUAAUCGAGCAGUCAAUCGAUGGUUCAUUUAACCGAGCGAAAUUAAUGAAUGUAGGAUUUGUUGAAGCUUUGAAGUUAUAUGAGUGGGAUUGUUUUGUGUUUCAUGAUGUCGAUUUGCUGCCAAUGGAUGAUAGAAAUUUGUAUACUUGUCCUGAUCAGCCUCGCCACAUGAGCGUCGCCGUUGAUACUUUUGGAUUCAAAUUGCCGUACUCAUCAAUAUUCGGUGGUGUUUCAUCAAUGACCACGAAACAGUUUAAAGCUGUCAAUGGUUUUUCGAAUUCGUUUUGGGGCUGGGGCGGUGAAGACGAUGAUUUAUCGAGACGAUUAAAGCAUGUUGGUUACCACAUAGCACGAUAUCCGGUCAACAUCGCUCGUUACACCAUGCUGACACAUAAGAAAGAAAAGGCAAAUCCAAAACGCUAUGAAAAAUUGGUGACAGGCGCCAAUCGCUUCAACACGGACGGUUUGAACUCGCUGAAGUACAAACUGCUUUCAGUUGAGCUACGUCCACUUUAUACAUGGAUAUAUGUUGAAAUCACACCGGAAACAGUAAGUUCAUGAUCAAUUGCGUAGUGAAUAUGUAGAUCGUCAUGUCAUCAAACGUACAUUGAUCAGAAUAUUCAAUCCCGUUUACAAUUUGCAGAGCUGAUGAACGAAAUCGACAGAAGAAAAUUUGUUUUGGUUUUUCGUGCAAUUGUUAAAAGUUUUAUUCUUAUUUAUUCUAUAAGUAAGUAACAUUCCAGUUGGUAUGCUAAACAGUUAUUAAAAGCUGCCGAAAUGUAAAAAGAAUGACAAACAAAAGAUCUCAAAUCGUUUUAUGUUUUCAAUCGCUUUUGAUUGAUUAAAAAUAUUUUUGUUGUGUUUCAAAUUUUUUAAAGAUCAAAAAAUUAAUUUUUUAUUUCAUGUUGUUUGUUUAUCUUUAUGAAAUUUAUGUUGGAAAUCAGAUUAACUUCAAAGCUAUGUAAGAAUAGAUAUGGAACGCUUUUGCUUCCGUCCAGGAACCUCGAAUAAAAUGCUUUUAAACAAACAAAUAAUUAUUAUAAAUGCAAAAGACAGAAAUGACAAAAGAAUCAAUUUAGCUACUUAAUUUCUACAAUAAUUAAACAGUUUUGGAAUAUUUCCUACUUCAUUAACACGAAAAAAAUCUUAGCAAAGACCAAAAAUCAAACAAAUUUUGAUUAAAUGAAUAAUCUCGAAUUAAAAAUGAGACUCAACAGUAGAUUCUUGAAUAUUCAUGCUUAAGAUCCAACAAUUUAUUAAAAUUUGUAACAAAACUUCAAUCUACUUACCAAUUUUCUUCAAACUACAAUUUUUUAAGAUAUUUUCCUUGACUCAACUUUGUAAAAUUUCCAUAAAAAUCUCAGAAUUAAAUGAUCUGAUUCAAGUUUUGGACUAUUUAACUUGACAUGUUCAAUGGAAUUAAAUUCUGAUAUAUCGACAUAAAUUUGAUUAAGUUUAGAUGAUAAAUUAUUCUUUAGUUGUAUUAAAUUAAAACCAACUCAAUUAAUUAAUUUAUAAAUUUUUGUAUCGCGUAACAUUCCAGUAAACUUUAAUAAAUUCCCAAGAAUCUGAAGUUUUUGAUCUUUCAAUUGAAAG